UUCACACACCAUAACAUGAUGAUGUUCGGUUGCCACAUGGCCUGAGUAGCUCAAGGGGAAGGAGCUCCCGUUUGCACCGCCAACACGGCCUUGCUAUUGAUUUCUCUUACUGACCACCAGCGCUCACCGAGCCCAUCCGCUCACUACCACGCCGCUCAAACAGUGGAGUUUCUCUCACAACGUGGACGCGACUUUCAUUCAUUUUCAUUCAUUCAUUCACUUCACUCCUAGCGCCAAUUACCUCUCACCUACCAUCUUCUCAACUUCGGCCUACUCGAGCCUCUCAUGAGCACUUGACUACCGUUUCCACACCGCAAAAAUCAUCAAAACACUCGCGAACCUUUCAAAGCUUUGCGACAAGACUGCUACUCAAGUCGAGUUCGCGUCCUCACGGACACCGCCGCUCGAUCGUGCAAAGCUCCACAAGAGCACCUCGUUGAGACCUGGGUUCGCGAUUCCGAAACUUCCGUCGACACUUUUCCUUCUCCAAGGACAUGUCGGCUUCCACUCGCCACUACGAUGGUGCUUACCCUGCUGAGCAACUUGUACGAAAAGCGACGCGUAGCCUGCUGCCCGCGGACGAAGUAUGCGCCAUAUACGUCCACGCAGGUGCCGGCUAUCACAGCCAUCAGAACGAGAGGAUACACCUAGAAGCGUGCAACGAUGCCGCUGCAAUUGGCAUGUGCAUCAUGAAGAACGGCGGCAGCGCGAUAGAUGCCAUAGAGGCUGCUAUCAAAUUGCUUGAGGACCGAGAGAUCACCAACGCUGGCUAUGGAAGCAACCUUGCCAUGGACGGAGUGGUAGAGUGCGAUGCGUCGGUUGUAGAUCACUUCGGACGCAGUGGCGCUGUAGGCGCUGUAGCUCAAAUCAAAAACCCCAUUUCCUUAGCACGCAUGGUCUACGAGCAUACUAGCAAGCCGUUGACUCUUCGACGCGUUCCACCGAAUCUUCUGUGCGCCCAGGGAGCGACUGAGUUUGCGGCGGAGCAGGGUAUGCCCGUCCUUCCUCAUGAUGCACUCGUCUCUCCGGCCGCAAAGGAACGUUGGCUUCGUUGGAGAGCCGACCUCAAGAAUGCUGAACGGAAGGCAAAAAAAUCGGGUCAACAUCCGUCAUGCUACAGGCUGCGAGCCGACGUCGCACCUGAGGACGAGAUCGAGCAGAGCCAAAUUCGACAAAGGCACACGAAUGGCUUACUUGGAAACUACCCAUCUCUGCUACAGUCGUCCUCACCGGAGCCGUCCGACGAGUCGCUAUAUUACUCUACUGAGAAUGCUUCAAGCACACACUCUGAGCCGACAGCGCAGUCUGGACUCUCUUCUGGUUCAUGGCUUAGCGACGACCGCAUACCUACGCCUGACACAUCUGCCCCAUCACCUAUACCCGCCAAUCUUGGCCCACCAACAGUUGCGGAGUCUUCGCGUAGCGCUUUUAUCAACAGCACACAGAAGAUGCCCACACUCAGUCAAUUCAGAGCAAGCCGAGCCACUACAUCUGAACAGGUUCUCGAAGACGCCGAGAUGGAGGAUGUGUCUCGUGUGCUGAAGAACGGGUUGACCGCGCGCAAGACCUGGGGUGACGGUUCAGGUGAGGAGUCGGACUCGGCUACAAGCACAACGACUGUCAAUGCACCUCAGCCCGCUGCUACUUCGACCAGCGCGGUCGAUGACGACCUUGUUGAUAUUCCGUUGGGCGAAGAUGUGUCAACAGGCAUAAAGGGUACUUUGAACUACGUCAGGCAGGACAACCCUUACAUUCCAAUUCCGAACGGAGCCCCUCCACCAUCCACAGACAAACCUGACCACAUCACUGAUACCGUUGGAGCCAUCGCCAUAGACAGCUGGGGCCGCAUCGCCUGCGGUGCAUCGUCUGGUGGUAUUGGUAUGAAGUACCGUGGUCGCGUAGGACCUGCGGCUCUUGUCGGUGUUGGCGCUGCCGUGAUCCCUCUCGACCCUGACGAUAUCGAACAGACCUCUGUUGCGACCGUAACCAGUGGUACGGGCGAGCAUAUGGCAACGACCAUGGCAGCAACAACAUGCGCAGAACGACUGUACCAGAGUGUAAGAAAGGAAAAGGGCGGCGAAUACGCAGAAGUGACUGAGGACGAGGCCCUCAGAUCGAUGAUCGAGAAUGAGUUCAUGGGUCACUCCAGCGUCCAGCACAGCAACUCAGCGGGUGCCAUCGGUAUUCUGGGCGUGAAGAAGAUGCGCACCGGCAUCAUGCUCUUCUACGGCCACAACACCGACUCUUUCGCACUGGCCUCCAUGUCAUCAGACGAUGACGUGCCCAAGUGUACCAUGUCUCGCAGCAACGGCAACGGACAAAUCGCUCAAGGUGGUCGCCUGAUGUCGUACAAAACUCGCAAGAGGACGAAAGUCAUGCCACGCCAGCGACAGGUCGGGUAGCCUGGCGUUCGCCUUCAAAUCUGAACUGGCAGUGGUCCGUCUUUCCAAAAGUGGUUUCGCAUCUCUUACACCUCGAUUCUCGACCUACGAUCUCCAUUUCAUGUCCGCAUAUCCUGUUCCGACAUACUCCCUCAGCAUUCCAGUUCUAUACCCUAUGCAUAGCGUUGGUGGAUUUGUGCUCCGGCGUCUCGGUUUCGAUACAACUCUGCAGAUUCACUGAUCUACGGCAAGCACAUUGGUGUCUUCUACGGUACUGAGAAGAGUACAUCCUUUCAGACCCUUUCGAUAGUAAUAAAAACCCUGUUGACACUGCCA